GAACGACCGUUGCACGACCGACCGACGGAGGAAGCGAGCGGCUUCCCGAAAGAGCGACCUACCGAAAGCGUCGGCGGCGAUUCGACUGUAAGGGAGGGAGAAUAGCCUUGAACAAAUAUGCGGCCUAUCUUCCAAAGCAUCCUGGUACGCGCUGCCAAACGCGCGACUUCGGUCGACCAGCAGCUGAGGAAGUGCUCGACGGGAGCGCUCGUUGACUCGCACGGUAGGGUACACGAUUACCUGCGGAUAUCCCUCACUGAAAAAUGCAGUUUCCGAUGCACGUACUGCAUGCCCGACGAGGGUGUACCCUUGACGCCAAAAGAGCUUCUUCUCACAAGCGACGAGCUGAAGAGACUCAUUGACGUUUUUGUGUCUCUCGGAGUCACGAAGGUGCGUUUAACUGGAGGAGAACCUCUGCUGAGGAAGGAUAUCGUCGACAUUGUCCGGUAUCUCCGGAGCAAAGUAUCAAUCAACAAAAUCGGCAUAACCACGAACGGACUCGUGCUGAGCCGCAAUCUGACAUCGCUCGUGGCGGCCGGACUCUCGCACGUAAAUAUCAGUCUCGAUUCUCUAAUGCCGGAGAAGUUCGAAUCCAUAACGCGCCGGAGAGGAUUCCAAAAUGUCCUGAGGGCGAUAUUUGAAGCUGAGAAAAUUGUUCACACCAAGAUCAACUGCGUCGUGAUGAGGAAUCUGAACGAGAAUGAGGUUCCCGCGUUUGUCGAGCUGACGCGCGAUCACAAUAUCGAGCUUCGUUUCAUCGAGUACAUGCCAUUCGACGGGAACCGUUGGAGUUGGGAGCGUCUUGUGCCGCAGAAAGAACUCGAAGAGCGAAUAAGGUCUUUUGUUCCGGAUGCGAUAGCUCUGCCCUUAGAAGCGAAUCAUACGGCUAAGAUGUUCACGUCUCCAUCUCAUCGGGGUCGUUGGGGUUUCAUUUCUUCGAUGUCGCAAGCUUUCUGCAGUUCCUGUAAUCGGCUUCGACUCACGGCCGACGGCUCUCUGCGCUCGUGCCUUUUCUCGUCGCGGAACGACGAGCUGCCCCUUGUCGAAGUGCUGAGAAACUCCCCAGCCUCCGACAGGCAGGACGUCGACGAGUUACUUCGAAGAAAAAUCCGGAACCAUCUUCUGAAGAAGCAUUUUUCACAUGGUGGAAUGGAAGUGCGCAGUCUGUCCCGGCAAAAGAAUAGACCGAUGAUCACGAUAGGAGGAUGACCCCCGUGGCUGCGAAGGACGAAUAUUCCGGAACGAGAUCAAAAUCAUCAACAACGGCUCGCUGAAAUGUGGGAACAAUCAUCCGUUCAUCCGACCGCGCGCUCUCAUGAACAUUCCCGACCGCCAAAGCGAGA